UAUUAUUUACAGCUACAACAGAACGGACAACAGAACCGCCGAACCUUUUGAUAAGCAAAUUUGUUACUUAUUUGCAACAGUCUGCAGUCUGGCAGCUGGCGAGUGGGGGGCAUUCACUAUUAAUAGUCAAAUAUUAGAGCGGAGCGCAGUAUUUGCAUAGCGUUUUUCAAUUUAAGACCCAUGCUUUCGGAACUUUUCGACCAGUUCUCGCCGAGAAGUUGUCCGGUAAAAGUGUCUCUUGUAUCCAAGAUGGAAAUAUCGCAGCCCAGCAUUGGCAUAUUCUACAUAAGCAAAAUGCUGGCCCUGGCGCCAUAUGCGACGCGAAAGAACUCCAAGGGUCAGUAUGAGAUACGUCGCAGUUGGAUAUUCACGGUGUAUUCGGCCUCCUUGACCGUCACAUUGGUUUUUCUGACCUACCGGGGACUACUGUUCGAUGCCAAUUCCAAAAUACCCGUGCGUGCAUCUUUUAGAAUGAAGUCGGCAACGUCAAAGGUGGUAACGGCCCUGGAUGUGUCUGUUGUUGUGCUGGCCGUUGUAUCGGGCGUUUACUGUGGUCUCUUCAGUCUGCGCGAAACCCUCAAACUAAAUGCUCGUUUAUAUAGGAUCGACAACACUUUAAAUGCCUGCAACUACUCCAGAAGGGACCGCUGGCGGGCCCUGGGAAUGGCCAGUGUUUCUCUGGUGACUAUAUCGGUGCUCCUCGGUUUGGAUGUGGGCUCAUGGAUGCGCAAAGCCGAGGAGAUGAAUAUCGAAGAAUCCGAUACGGAGCUCAAUGUGCACUGGUAUAUACCCUUCUAUAGUCUCUACUUUAUUCUCACCGGCCUGCACAUCAACUUUGCCAACACCGCCUAUGGCCUGGGAAGGCGGUUUAGACGCCUCAACCAGAUGCUCAGCAGCAGCUUCCUGGGCGAGCCGAAGGAAGCCAGUGCCCUGAAGCUGCGCAAGAUGAGCACAGUCAAGACAGUGAGCACGAAUACAACGAUGACACCUACCGCACUCCACUCGAAUCUGACCAAACUAAGCAGCGAAAUGCUGCCGAAUGAAUCCGCAGCCAAGAACAAGGGUCUGCUCAUCCAGACCAUGGCCGACAACCACGAAUCGCUCACCAAGUGUGUGCUUCUCUUGUCCAACGCCUUCGGCAUAGCCGUGCUCUUUAUUCUUGUGUCCUGUCUGCUGCAUUUGGUGGCCACCGCCUACUUUUUGUUUCUGGAGCUGCUCAGUACGCGAGACAACGGCUAUCUGUGGGUGCAAGCGUUGUGGAUAUUAUUGCACUCCUUUCGCCUGCUAAUGGUGGUCGAGCCCUGCCACCUGGCUGCCCGCGAAUCCCGGAAAACCAUUCAAAUUGUCUGCGCAAUUGAGCGGAAGGUGCACGAGCCCAUUCUGGCCGAGGCGGUGAAGAAGUUCUGGCAGCAGCUACUGGUGGUCGACUCAGAUUUCUCAGCCUCUGGUCUGUGCCGCGUAAACCGCACCAUUCUGACAUCGUUCGCCUCGGCCAUAGCCACAUAUCUGGUCAUACUCAUACAGUUCCAGAAGACAAACGGCUGAGCACGGGAAUAAGUAGAUAUAAAAAUUUGCUUCUUUUAUUAACACUAUUC